UACGUCAGUGUCAACGAGUGCAGCCAUUGCAGAGUGAAGUAUUAUUUCGAUCUACAAAAUUGGUUUUUAUAACCUGAUAUCAACUGUAUAGUCAAAUAAUAUUAUUGCCUAUUUGGAUGGGGCGAUACGUUAUCAAAUGGGUUAAUUGUUUCAUAUUGAAUUACAAGUCGGAGCGAUAAAGUGUGCAUCGUGUACAGUUACGAGGUUGGGCAGUGUAGUCGGUCGUUCCUGCUUUGCCAUGUUUCACUGUGACACUGAUCCAUCGCAGAAAUACAGCUAGGCCCUACCGACCAACUUUCGCCAGGUUGGCACAUUGAAAUAGACCUUUUAGUGGACACUUAAAUACUGUGUGAAAAUAAGUGCCUCUCUAACGUGAUCCUAAGAGUACAAUCUUCUUUAGUUUACUUCUUAAUUGUGCCUCAUUAAAUAUCGAUAAGGACAGGCUGUGCCAUUUGGUUGAUGAAUUAUGAGUAGUUCUCGAGCAAGGACUACUUCAUUUGCGGAACCAGGAAAAGUACCUGCUUCUGGAGGAUCCAUGCAAGGGCUGAGAAUCAGCAAUAAAGAUGGCGGUAAGAUCACGACGGUGGUGGCGACGCCGGGGCCGGAGCCCGACCGGCCGCAAGAGGUCUCCUACACCGACACGAAGGUGAUCGGUAACGGCUCGUUCGGCGUCGUCUACCAGGCACGCCUGUGCAGCAGCGGGGAGCAGGUCGCCAUCAAGAAAGUGCUGCAGGACAAGAGAUUCAAGAAGGACGAGGUCUAUCUGAACCUGGUGUUGGAGUAUGUGCCGGAGACUGUGUACAGGGUAGCGAGACACUACAGCAAAACCAAACAGACCGUUCCCAUUUUGUAUAUAAAGCUGUAUUUGUAUCAGCUAUUUAGAAGCCUAGCCUACAUACACGCACUGGGAAUCUGCCAUCGGGACAUCAAACCUCAGAAUCUGCUGCUUGAUCCUGAAACUGCAGUGCUCAAACUCUGUGAUUUCGGAAGUGCGAAGCAGCUGGUGAAAGGAGAACCGAAUGUCUCCUACAUCUGUUCACGUUACUACAGAGCCCCGGAGUUGAUAUUCGGUGCGACGGACUAUACCUCUACUAUUGGUGAGCUUUACAUGUACGCAGGCGCUGGAGACAAGGUGAGUGAGAUAAUAGAGAGGCGUUACGUCGAUUAA